AUGAGAAUAUCUUCGGUACGUCUACCAAGAGCGAGUGGUAGAAGUUCGUUCGCAUUUUCUAUGCUAGGCCUCAAGCGGACCUCCGGAGUUCUCAAUUUCGGGCACAGCAUGACAGAGCAAAACAUGACGCUUGAACUGAUUUCCACAUCCAAGUGCUCCGAGGGUGAGCAGCGCGUGUAUCGCCACCGCUCCAGUACCUUGGAUUGCGAAAUGACCUUUGGCGUCUUCCUGCCUCCGGCAGCUCUCGAAGAGAAGACAUUGUGUCCGGUUCUCUUCUUCCUCAGCGGUCUGACCUGCACUCACGAGAACUUUAUACAGAAGAGCGGCUUCCAGCAGCACGCCGCCCGGCACAAUCUGAUUGUGGUGAAUCCAGAUACCUCGCCGCGUGGUGUAAACAUUGAUGGUCAGGAUGAUGCAUACGAUUUUGGCACCGGAGCGGGAUUUUAUGUGGAUGCCAAGCAAGAACCUUGGUCCAAGCACUACAAGAUGUACAGCUAUGUUACCCAAGAGCUGGUAGAUGUGGUGAACGCCAAUUUUCCCGUGGUACCGGGACGGCGCGGUAUCUUUGGACACAGCAUGGGCGGCCAUGGAGCUUUGAUUUGUGCCUUGAAGAACCCUGGCUUGUAUCAAUCAGUGUCGGCGUUUGCCCCGAUUGCCAAUCCCACUAAUUGCCCUUGGGGUCAGAAGGCCCUUACCGGCUACAUUGGACCGAAUCCCGAUGACUGGGCCCAGUGGGACGCUACUCUGCUGGUGUCUCACUACGAGAGCACGCCGCAGGAGCUCUUCAUCGACCAGGGUGCGUCGGACAACUUCCUCGGGGCAAAGCAACUGCUCCCGGAAAAUCUUUUGACCGCCGCCGACGGUAACGAACACAUCCAAACCAUCUUCAAACAGCGCGCCGGCUAUGACCACAGCUACUUUUACAUCGCCACCUUCAUUGCGGAGCACAUCGAUUACCAUGCCAAACUGCUAGCCGCCACAUGAGUCCCGUUGGAGAUUUGUGCCUCUGCUGCUUGUACUUUUCCAUCGCUUUGUACUUUUGAUAAGCCCUCGAAUUCGGAAAUAAAUCAAAAGUACAGUCCGGUACAGUACCACUCGCCGCGUAGUUUGUCGAAAUCAAAGGAAAUGUAUAUUGCAUAUUAGUAUGAGUCCAAAGCCAAAUUCCAUCUUCAACUAUAUACCAAAUCGCAAACAAAUGUUAAAUGUUCUGACAAAUUGUAAAGUAAAUGAUGUUUUUAGAACCAAACAUUUUUGUAAUUA